CACGCUACAAUCUAGACAACUCUCGACACAACGGAUCCAACGUUCUCUCUCACGCGGACCAUACUCUGUCGACAACGCAACUCGCACUCUCUGACUUCUCGAUUGACACUCCUCGACUUCUCAACCAAAAACUGACUGCUCCCGCAUGUUUUUUGUCUUCCCGUAGACCCAUCACGCACGUGUUCUGCGAUCGCUCGUGGCCAAGGCCACGUAGGUCCUUCUUACAAAACUAUACGCUUGAAGAACCGACGACACAUUGAUGUGCCCAUCGGCGCCUCGGCUCUCGGGACAUUGUUUAUGGUUUAAGAACGCCUCGACUCUCACGACAUUGUAUGUGGUUCACUCGCUAACUCCUAGGCCUUAUGUCCGCGAUACUAUAUUAAUUAAAAAAAUUAGUUAAUGUAGCGGUACUCGACAGUAAACUUUCCAACGGUUUCUGUCCCGUAGCUCGCUACACAAAGACCUUCUUACGGAAUAUUUUCAGCUAACCUAAGGACCGGCUAUAAAUCUUAGGAUUUAUUUAGCUGAGGUCCUCCAAAGGGACAAAUAGUCUUUGUCUUAACAGUCCCUAUACCCGUCACCCAUUACGGGAAGAUACUGGAAAUCCGUUUUUCUCAUGUACGGUACUUCUCGUUAGCAACUUUCUCUGAAGGACGGUUGGCAUCCUUUUCCAACCAUUGACACAAAAUGCUAAUUUACAGCGACGUCCAUGUCCCUCAUUUUCCGAACCAAGGCUUUCCUUGACGAAUCCGAUAAUCUCGUAUCCUUAGACACACCUCAUCGUAGUUUUCCUAUGCAGCAUCAUCGUGACGGAAAGUCAGUCGUUAGACGCCUGUCCGAAUUGAUAGUUGGUAGUUUGCAGUAAUGAUAUAUUCUUUCUUUUUUUUAUAUUUAAUAAUUUACAUUCACAAUUUGUCCAAUUUGGACAUUUGGUGAAAUUUUUUAGCUGUUUGAUUAUCGUGUGGGUGGCUACCCCCAGCGGGGUACCAUCUUCGUGUUUGUUAGGUUAUAUCCUUUGUGAUCAAUCAAUCGUAUAUGACGCAGCAAAUAAAAUGAAAACGAAAACUGGCAGCCAAAAGCUGGAUCCCAUAGAGAACGAAUAAUAUGAGGUGGGCACAGAAUGAGACUCGCUCUUUUACAAUUACAUUAGAUCGUCUAAUGGUACGCUGCUCUAAGUAUAAGCUUCUUCGUGACAAAUUUUAAUCGAAACCCCCGCUUGUAGAGAAUCUGGGCAAUGAUAACAUUCACGCCCACUUGAGUUCAUAAAAGAAUUCAAACUAAUUGACAGACUAAUUCAGUACCUACGUAAUUGAUCUUAAGUUGUAGCUAAUAAGUUGUAAGCGACGUAAAACAGUAAUUAAAGAAAAGAACGUUCACGAUAACAGCGAUAUUUUAGGUUAUGUUCGACGUUCGUCGGAAUAUCGAAUCGUGAAAGAGACAAUCGAACCGUAUCAGUCCCUUGCGUACGAUUUAUAGUUUCUUUGAUAUAUCGUUUAUUGAUAAAAGGGGAGAUGGACAAUAAAUUGUGUGACGAGAUAAGAGCUUGAUUCCGCUUCCUACGGUUUCUGUAGAAUGAAGAAGGCAAGAUGCGGAGAAAAAUUAUACAGAGCAUUCGCUUUAAUGAUCCAUACGAGUCUUUAACCAUUUCUGAUAAAUUAAUAAAAGAAGUUGUUAUCUACGUUUAAUACGCAAUAUAAAGAAAUAAACAAGGUUACUGAAACACUUUGUUUCAACAAUACAAUCAAAGUUAUAUUAAUAGACUAUGCGAGUUCUUUCUUUAUUACUGCUGCAGAUAUUAAAGCUAAUUUAUUUGAUGUAUCUAUUCGGCGAACAAUUUUGAACAACGAAAACUUGAAUACACAAAAUAAUGUUUUCCCGAUUCGCAGUUGACGUCGUAUUACGUAUAUGUAUUUACGUAUUUAUCUUCUUGCUCGAUAGAAUUCAUCAAUGGCAGUUGUUUUUCAGCUACGAUUAGAAUCGUAUAUUCUCAAACGCACUAGACUAUUGGAUCAGAAGCUACGAGGUUCCCUGGCUGUUUUCGAUAUUCGAUGGAACGUAUGUGUGAUUCUUCAAUCACGGCUUCCGAUCGUGUUUUCAACAGCGUGUUGCUCUAGUCUGACACGUGGGGCGAGGAAAAGUGAGACGUGUUAAAAGACAGCCGACGCGUUAAAAAUUCGAUUUCUAAGAUAAAAGUGAAGACGUAAAGUCUGAGGAGUCUGGCCCCGCAGAUUUCGAACGAGCAAUAACUAAUGCCGGCUAUGGAAAAUUCAACUACUUGUUGCUGUUGGCCGUGUUGCCCGCUAGUUUCUCCAGUAUUUUCUCGUCAUCGGCGAUGUCGUACGUGUUACCAUCGGCCGAGUGCGACUUGAGGCUCACCAUGUUCGACAAGGGUCUACUCAACUCGAUGACGUUCGCAGGUAUGAUCAGCACCUCAUUUUUCUGGGGAUUUAUGACCGAUACGUUUGGUCGUAAGAAGAUAAUGUUCUACGGUUACAUAGUCGCCGGAAUCAUGAGUUUGGCGGCUUGUUUCUCGCAUACUUCAUGGCUUUUAAUUUUGUUCAAGUUUCUCGAUGGCGUAAUCAUGUCCGGCCCGUAUGCCGCUCUGAUGUCUUAUUUGGCAGAAGUACACAACGAUGCGCAGCGAUCUCGAACCUAUAUGUGGCUAGGGGUGUUUUUCUCGCUUGGAAAUAUUUCUCUACCAUGCAUCGCCUGGUUAAUCAUACCGCAAAAAUGGACCAUUAACGUUUGGACCGGGGUCUUAAAGAUCAGUUCAUGGCGUGUGUUCUUGGCGAUUUGUUCGUUGCCAGAGUUUCUUGCCUGCUUAGCGAUCUUCGCAUUCCCCGAGAGCCCGCGUUUUCUUUUGUUGAAAGGCAGAAGAGAGGAGGCUCUUGAAGUUUUCAGAAAGAUAUACUCGGUGAACACCGGCAAGGAUCCAGACACAUAUCCAAUAAAAGAUAUCAAUGACGAGCAUUCCGUUGAGCUGGCGAGUAACAGUAAGAUAAAGGACAAGCUACGUUCCUGCUGGCAACAGAUCAAACCACUCUUUCUAUCGCCAAACGUCUUCAAACUGAUCGCAAUCGGCAUGAUCCAACUGGGUGCCACGAUAGGAUCGAAUUCGAUUAGACUAUGGAUGCCACAAUUAUUCACAAUGAUGGAACAAUUCAAGAACGACUAUUCGAAAUACGAAUAUUCGAGCUCGCAGCCGCGCUUCUGUUACAUGUUAGGCCAACAAGGAGCCAAUCAUAAUUUCUCAACGAGUUUUGUAAACGAAACUCUAAAUGCUGCCCACACAUGCGUACCGGUGGAAUUGAACUCAAAAGUAUUCAUUAAUUCUAUAGUAAUUGCGGUUACCGGUGUAAUAGGAUACACUUUGGCAGGCACGCUCAUUACUGUAGUAGGAAAAAAGAAACUUAUAGCAACUUGUUUCAUUGUAGCAGCUGCUUGUUGCGGCUCGCUUUACUGGGCUGAAGACACUAACAGUAUUCUUGGUUUGUGUUCAGUUUUCGUAGCCAUGUCGAGCAUAGGUGGUGCCUGUGUCGUAAACGUUAUCGUCGAUAAUUUCCCUACGUGUUUAAGGACUAUGGCAGUUAGUCUAACUAUGAUGGUAGGCAGAAUUGGGGCGGUCAUAGGCAAUUUACUAUUUCCAGUGCUGUUUGACUUGUCCUGCUUGGGUCCCUUCAUUAUGAUUGGCUCUGCCUCUCUAGUAUCGGCAUUACUAGUGACCAUCCUUCCACGAAAAAAAUCGCAGAAGAAUAAGCCAAAGCAAAUUGCCUGACGAAAAUGUAUAUGAUUAAAAUGUAAUCAGUUAAUAAUAGCUGAAAAAAUCGCUUGUAAAUACACACCCUGUGUCUGGUCGUUGAUCGAUUGUAAUUUUCGGUGCAUGAUUUUUCAUCAUGUAAAUAUGUAAAUACAAUACAAUUACACUCAUGUAGCAUAA